UACCAGUUAAUAGUUCGAGAAAGAAUAAUGUCGUUGAAAGUGAUCCGAUUGUUGCUAGUGAUUUUCACCGCAUUGGUUUUAAUACCAACGGAAUCCAUGGUCCAAACAAGAAGUCUUGAGGAUAUCUUUGCCCAAUUCAGCGAUUUUGAACCGGAAUCGGAAUCGGAAGGUCUACAAUGUUUUUUGCACCACAUACCCCUCCUCAAUACAUUUGUAGAAGACUAUAAUAGUGCUAUUGAUAUUUGCAUAACACUUACCAUUACCCUUAAAGAAGAACAGACUUGUAUGGCGUCAGUUGAGCAGAGAUUCAUGGAAUAUGUUUCCAAAGAGUUCCGUAACCUAGCCAGUUGUAUGACAGAAAUUCUAAGUGAAAAUGAAAGAGAAAUUGUAUUGCAUAUGUUGCGUAAUAAAAUUCUAGCUGACUGAUUAAAAUUCAUUGUA